UCUCCCAUCGCUAUCACUGGGCGUUUCGCCCCACUUCCAGUAGCAUGCGCAUGGCUUCAUCUCUACAUCGACUAUCUUCUCCACGAUAGCGCAACACCCCCGCUUUGGACUCACGAUCCACGCCGACGCGAGGUUUUCUCGGAAUUCCAGCCGCCAGAAUGCAAAGAAACAGCCGCAGGAAGGAUCAUGCUCCCAAGGAUUUAUGAGCUUGUGAUCCCAUUACCACCGGGUAUUAAGCAGGUGCUCGAUCCCUCGAGCGAGUUACCCGCAGAGUCAAACCGUCAGGAUCAUGGAGAAUAACCAUUACCCUCUAACCGAGGAUCAAAUCCAGUUCUUCCAAGAGAAGGGAUACCUCCUUAUCCGUGGCUUCCUCAGCAGUCCCGAGACGGCGCGUCUUCAGCAAUGGACUCGGGAAGUACAUGACUUGCCCCGAACGCCCAAUGCAUCAUAUAUGCCCUACGAGGAAGUAAACUCGCAAGGCCAGAGAGUUCUCUGCCGCACCGAGAACUACGCCAACAGUCAUGCCGGCUUCGACAGCUUCCUCCGGGGCCAGCGAAUCCUCAGCGUUCUGGGACAGCUAGCUGCGGAGGAGAUGCUCCUCUUCAAGGAGAAGAUCAACUACAAACUCGCGGGCAGCGGUGGUUUCUCCCCUCACAUCGACGCCAACGCAUACACCCACGUCAAGAACAUCAAGCACCUGACCGUUCUCGCGGCAGUUGAUGGGAUGAGCUCGGAGAACGGCGGUCUGGACGUCGUGGACGGGAGUCAUCUUAUGUCUAUCCCGCUGGGUGAAGACCGCUGCAUUGAUCCGACAUGGGUUGACAGCCACCAGUGGAGUGCGUGCGAUUUGAAACCAGGCGACAUCCUCGUGUUCGGAUCCUACCUUGCGCAUCGCAGCGGAGCCAAUACUAGUUCCCAGGAUCGGCGUGCCAUCUACGCCACGUAUAACUGUAAGGCCGAGGGGGAUCUCCACGACCAAUAUUAUGAAGAUCGACGGAAACUCUGGCCUGCGACGCAUAUGCGGAAGGCUGGGGAGUCGUAUGAGGAGGGUCGAAUGAGAUAUGGAUAUGGAUCUCCGAUGCUUACCAUCGAAGGGGAGGCGCAGGCCGCUGCGUAG